AUCUUGUCAAUUCUUGGUUGGAGAUAUAUAGCAAAUAUUUAGUUAACAGAAAGCAUUAAAAAUUUUUUUACUUAGAAGCAUUUUUUUUAUCUAACUGAGUUGUCUGAAGUGAAAUAUCUAUAAUAAAAGAACUACAAAUUGAACACUUUGAAUUAUUCCCUUUUGAUAAUAAUUAGUGAUUAUGUAACUCAAUUGAUUGCAGCAAUCAUAGGCAUUCAUUGUCAACUUUAUUCUAGCAUUAUUCAGUCACAGUCCUGUAAUUAUUAUUAUACAGCUUCAAUGUUUGGAGAGAACUGGUCUCGAGGCACUGGAGACAAACGUCGGCCAUGGUCUGGCAGAAGCAGAGGUUCACGUCGGAUACCUGGUAGAACUGGUGCUUAUCCAAGAGGAUACAGAAAGCCAGAAAAUGCACCGCGUGGCCGGAUGUCUGCUUAUGCAUUUUUCAUUCAGACCUGCCGUGAAGAGUACAAACAACAGUUCCCACACCAACCCAUUGUAUUCAAAGACUUUUCAAAAAAAUGUGCUGACAGAUGGAAGACCCUGACUUCUGCUGAAAAGCAGCAUUUCUCAGACAUGGCGACUCAGGACCGAGCUCGCUAUGCCAAAGAACUGCAGAGCUACCGUGGACCAAGAAUACGAAACAGAAGACGGAAAACGCGAAAAGAUCCAAGGGCACCAAAACGAGCUUUGUCUGCAUUCUUCUGGUUCUGUAGUGACGAGCGACCUAAAGUUAGGACAGCAAAUCCCGGGGCCAGUGUAGGGAAAAUCGCACGUGAGCUGGGCAGUCUCUGGGCCUCUUCUGAUCAGCAGGUCAAAGAUAAAUAUGAGAAGAUGGCCGUCCAGGACAAACUUAGAUACGAACAGGAAAUGGAAGAGUAUAAAAAAGGAAAUUUUUCCCGCCACGUUGAAGGCAUGGAAGACCUGCCACCUCCUGACCCCAACAACCUGGGCAAACUGCCAAACGUUAAGCGCUACACGUACCUUCCCCCCCGCCUGAUUCCGCACCAACUCUACCUCGGCCACACCGUCGGGACAGACGCCGCUUCUAUAGCCAAGUGCUCCUCUGAUCACACUGAAGAAUAUAAUGAAGAUGACUAUGAAGGACUAGAGGAAGAGGAGGAAGAUGGUGACGAAGAGCUCUGUAAUGAAGGAGUGAUGGGGGAGGAAGACGAAAUGGUCAGUGAUGAGGAGAUGGAGGAUAAUGAUACAGUCAUUGAAGAUAAUUUGCCUGAUAGAGGACUCCCUUUAUCUGAUGGUCCGUAAAUUUGGCAGCUGAAAUAUUCUGAAGCGAUAAUUUGUACUCCUGAUCGUGCGUUAGUUGCUGGCUACCCUCCACUUCGUGUUCAUGAGUCGUCCAAUAUGUUCUUGUACAAAUUUCUUGACUUCUCUUUUAUUUGUGCUUCUCUGAUUACUACCGUACCUCCAAAUUUAUGACGAACAUU